AUGCCUGCAGUCAACGGACCUGCCACAGCCUGGGAUGACAAGGCUCACGCAGACCUUCUCAUUGAAGUUCUCAAAGUGGUCAAGCCGACCCCAGCGCAAUGGAGCGAGAUCGUCAUCGGCACCCAGGCCAAGGGCUACAGCUAUAGUUCUUCAGCUGCUCAGCAACACAUCGCCAAGCUUCAGAAGAAGGAAGGCAACGGCGCCGGCACUCCCGCCAAAUCCACGCCUGCCAAGUCGACUCCGGGCAAGAAAACCCCCGCCUCGGGCAAGCGCAAGGUCUCCGCCAAGAAGGCCGCUCCCGUCUCUAUCGAUGAGGUGAAGGACGAUGAUGAGGAAAUGGAAACCCCCUCUAAGAAGGUGAAGACCAAGGAGGAGGUCGAUGACGUCGAUAUCAAACAUCCCAGCGCCUUUGAUAUGGAGGCCGGAGAUAUUGAUAACGACUAUGAAGUCUAA